AUGGACGAGUCGGACGCACGAAUCGCUAUCGGGCGAGCGGGCGAGGAUGACUAUGGUCAACAGUUUUCCCGAUCGAAUGAAUUUGUCGUUUUCCGGAUGCGGGAGUAUGCACCCCAAUUAACCCGAAGUAGGAUAUCAGGAGCAUCGGCAGGAGCUAUUGUAGCAUGUGGUCUCAUGACAAAUAUUUGUAUAUCUCAGGCUACCAGCACAAUAUUGAGCGUAGUAACACAGGCGCGUUCACGGGCACUCGGUCCAUUGCAUCCAGCUUUUAACCUACUCGCGGUGGUUCGCGAACAAGUUGAGUUGAUGCUUCCGCCCGAUGCGUAUAAGAUAUGCAGAGGACGUCUACAAAUCUCUUUAACACGAUGGCGAGAUAAUAAAAAUGUGGUGGUAACUGAAUAUGAUUCAAAUGACGAUUUAAUUGAUGCCAUAAUAUGCAGUUGUUUUAUCCCUAUAUAUUGUGGAAUAGUGCCGCCGACAUAUCGCGGCGAAGCUUACAUCGAUGGCGGAUUCACAGAUAAUCAACCGGCCUACGAUGAUCAUACCGUCACUGUUAGCCCGUUUUCUGGAGAAUCUGAUAUUUGCCCACCUGACUGGGAUAGUGCCAGGUAG